AUGACAGCUUUUGAGAACGCUAUCCUGAGAUCAAAGGAGAGACCGACCACAGCAUCCCAACACCAGCGGACUUUGUCCCAACGUGGAGAAAGCAUACAGAAGAUGCGCAGGCAGGUUCAGCUACUGUGUGUUGUCCUCCUGGCGACCAUCCAGGUGUCAGUCAAGAGCUUCCCCACCAACAGUCAAAAAAGCGCAGUCCCCAACGGCAGGAGCACUUCGACCACGGAGGCAAUAUCUCAGGCCAGCCCGGGUGGCGAUGUGGAUGAGACUCUGGAGGACCUCCAGCAGCAGAACCAGCUGCAAAACCUGGCGUCCUCCACCCAGCCCUCCCAGAGACCCCGACACCGGAGCUGGUCCCACGGGGUUCUGCCCAAACCAGAACCAGAGGAGGAACCAGAACCCUUCAUCCUGGACCUCAGGAACUUCCCUGAGCUGGCCAACGCAGACCUGGGAUCUCACAACCCUAACAUACAGGUGACCAUUGAGGUGGUUGACGACCCCCAGACGGAAACAGAGAUGGAGAUGGACCUGGCCAAGGAGGGGGGUGAUGGGGGCCGUAACGACUGGUCCCUGUCCUCAAAGGAAUGGCUCGGCCACAAGAAGCUGUUCUUGGCUCUGUUCUGGGAGUACCCGGACCAAGCUGAGACUGAGAGUGGGCUAGGCGGCAGGGCCAGCCUGGAGGAACAGGAACAGCCCACAGAGGACUACAACUAUGACCCUGAGGAACAGGAACCUGAGCUUAGUGGGACCAGAGGGACUGGGGUGGGGGCUGGGACCGGGGUGGGGGGAAACUGGGGGAGCCACUGGAGAAACAACAAGGGAUGGGACUCCAAGGAGAACUACGAGUACGAGGAGGAGGAGUGGAGUGACUGGUCGCCAUGCAGCGUCACCUGCGGCAAUGGCAACCAGAAGCGUAUCCGUUCCUGUGGUUACGCAUGCACAGCGACCGAGUCCCGGACCUGCGACCUGGACAGAUGCCCAGAUGACCUCCUAGCAGUUACUGAGCUGAUGCCUCUGGAGAAAACGAAUGGCACUGACUCCCUUGACACAAAUGUGGACAGCUGUGACAAGUGGCUGAGCUGUAAGAACGACUUCCUCCAGAAGUACCUCCACCAGGUGCUGACCGAACUACCCAGCUGCCCCUGCUCCUACCCGUCCGAGGCCGUCUACAACGCCGUCAACAUCUUCGACAAGACGCUGCGUAAGACCUACCGCUGGCGCGACGCCUCCGGCCCCAAAGAACGCCUGGACAUCUACAGGCCUUCCGCUCGCUUCUGCACGCGCUCCAUGAUCUCCUCCAAUAGCACCACCCUGGCCGCGCAGCACUGUUGCUACGACGACCACGCGAAGCUGAUCACGCGGGGUAAAGGGGCGGGCGCUCCGAACCUCAUCAGUACGGAGUUCUCCCCGGAGCUGCAUUACAAAGUGGACGUGCUGCCCUGGAUCCUGUGUAAAGGGGACUGGAGCCGCUUCCACUCGGUGAGGCCGCCCAACAACGGGCUGUUUUGUCCCGACAACCCACACGAGGAGGUGCAUAAGGCCCAACUGGAGGAGGCCAGGGAGUACUGAUGGGGAGGAGUACUGACGGAGGAGAGGGGGAGGAGAACUGAGACCCUGAUGGGUGGAAGAGGUGGAAAGAAGGGGGUAGAAAGAGUCACAUGGUCCCUAAUUAUGUCUCUGUUGGAUUUCAGCAUAGACCACAUACUGAAUAUGUAGCGUUAACUAUCAGUUGGUUUGGGGAGAAAAGGACUCCUGGAUAUCCCAUCUGUAGCUCCUCCUCAUUCAGUGUUCGGUCACGUUGAGGCACGGAGUUUAUUAACGACUGAAAUUGGACAUUUCUCCAAUCAGGGAACCCGGCAACCAGCCAUCCAAAAUAGCCAAUUGGAAUAUGCUCUUCCACGAGUGACACACUGUGGCAUUACAGAAAGAGUAAAAAUUAAAAUAAUUCUAACUUGCUGCUGAUGUUUUACUUGUGUAAGUCUGGAUUUUGGAGGGCGUUUCUGAGACUACACUUAUACCCUGUUCAAUCAGAAGAAGAGGUUUAGACAGAUAGAGGGAUGGGUACAGAUAGAUAGGUACAGGGGGAUGGGUACAGGGGAAUGGGUACAGAUAGAUGGGUACAGAUAGAUGGGUACAGAUAGAUGGGUACAGAUAUAUAGGUACAGGGGGAUGGGUACAGGGGGAUGGGUACAGAUAGAUGGGUACAGGGGGAUGGGUACAGAUAGAUGGGUACAGGGGAUGGGUACAGAUAUAUAGGUACAGGGGAUGGGUACAGAUAGAUGGGUACAGAUAUGUAGGUACAGGGGGAUGGGUACAGAUAGAUGGGUACAGGGGGAUGGGUACAGGUCUGUUAGCCUGUUACCACUCUGAUGUCCCUCUAAUCACUCUGACAUCAAUGCAAAUGUUUUCAAAAAAUAUAAUCAAACACUUGAUGAGAGCCCAUGAGCCCAUGUUGCACAGAAGUGAAAUAAAACAAAAUGUACAGUAAACAUUAGACUCACAAAAGUUCCAAAAUAGUAAAAACAUGUAAAAUGUCAUUAUGUGCAAAUAGUUAAAGUACAAAAGGGAAAAUAAAUAAACAUAAAUAUGGGUUGUA